UUUGAGAUGGCCCGCAAGAAAGUCGGCGGCCAUCCCACCGGCGACCUCGUCGCGGCCACCGUCUCGGCUGCGUUUCCAGGCACUUUGGUGGUCAAUCAGUCCGAAGUGUGUUCGCUUUGGGCAGGCUAUGGCAGUAUCUACCGCGUGAGGUUGAGCUCGGGGGUCUCCGCGAUUGUCAAACACAUCACACCACCUCACGACAGUUCGUCCAUCUCAAACGUCCGUAAGGUUCGAUCUUACGAGGUCGAAGGGUACUUUUACGCCAAUCUCACAGGUGAUGUUGCUGCGAUUCCUCGACUGCCUCGCCCAUAUUCGAUCGUGUCUGCGGACAACUCGUUUUGCUUUGUCCUGGAAGAUCUGUCAGUGGAGUUUCCAAAAAUGUUCCACUCGCUUGGCGGGCCGACACUCCGAGCCGCGCUCACAUGGCUAGCUCAAUUCCACGCAACGUUCUGGAACUGCGACGAUGGCGGAGUGGCCGACGACGGUGGCUACUGGUAUCUGGCCACACGACAAGACGAGUACGAAGCUCUUGGCGGUGACGAUUUGUCCGUUAAGCUCCGCGCCCAUGCGGCUUGGAUUGAUCAGAAAACGCGGGAUCCCCGAUACGAAACCCUUUUGCAUGGAGAUGCCAAGUCUGCGAACAUGCUGUGGCGCGACGAAACGACUUGUGCAUGGGUGGAUUUUCAGUACGUCGGUCGAGGUCUGGGAGCAAAGGACGUGGCGUACUUGCUCUGUUCCAGCAGCAAUCGGUCGGAAGUGGCCAACAAGGCAGACGACCUGUUGCUAUGGUACUUUGGCGAGUUUGAAUCUGCGAUGAUGUUGGCAGGCCACGAUAGCCGCGGCUACACCAUUGACCAGUUCCAAGGACAUUUCGACUGGUGUUUGCUAGACUAUGUUCGAUUCAUGGCCGGGUGGGGGUUCUGGGGCAACUACGAAUGGGCCAUCCAGCGAACCAAGUCGUUGUUAACAGAAUUACAAUGUUAAGAAUUCUAACUCUAGUAGUACGAUUCGGCGUAGAA